ACGGAAACCAUGCUCAACCACACAGCAGUAAAAAGUUUCCGAGUGGUAACGGUCAUCACUCCACCUUUUGUUAUGUACGACCCAGAGACAGAUACUUGGUCAGGAUACUGCAUCGAUCUUCUGGAGAACAUUCGAAACAUUCUCAAAUUCGAGUACGAAAUACGAGAAGUAGCGGACCGUGAAUUUGGUUGGAUGAAACCAGACGGCACCUGGAAUGGGAUGAUCAGAGAGCUGAAAGAUAAGCGCGCGGACAUUGCUCUAGGUGCCUUAUCAGUUAUGGCAGAGAGGGAGAAUGUCGUUGACUUUACAGUUCCUUAUUACGAUUUAGUAGGGAUAUCAAUCCUGAUGCAGAAGCAAAAGGCAGAGACUUCAUUGUUCAAAUUCUUGACAGUGUUGGAAAACGACGUUUGGCUAUGUAUUUUAGCUUCUUACUUCUUCACAAGCUUUUUAAUGUGGUUGUUUGAUAGAUGGUCACCAUAUAGUUAUCAGAACAACAAGGAAAAGUACAAAGACGAUGAAGAGAAAAGAGAAUUUAGCCUUAAGGAGUGUCUCUGGUUCUGCAUGACAUCUCUAACGCCUCAAGGAGGAGGCGAGGCACCCAAAAAUCUUUCGGGGAGACUUGUUGCUGCCACUUGGUGGCUCUUUGGAUUCAUUAUCAUCGCAUCAUAUACUGCCAAUCUUGCCGCCUUUUUAACUGUCUCUAGAUUGGAAACGCCGGUGGAAUCUCUUGAUGGUUUGAGCAAGCAGUAUAAGAUCCAGUAUGCCCCGAUUCGUCCUUCACAGGCUUACACAUAUUUCGAUCGCAUGGCUAAGAUCGAAACUCGAUUUUACGAAAUAUGGAAAGCCAUGAGCCUAAACGACAGUCUCUCAAACGCUGAACGGGCCGAGCUCGCAGUUUGGGAUUAUCCAGUGAGUGACAAAUACACAAAGAUGUUCCAGGUGAUGAAGGCAGUGGGUUUUCCGACAAAUCAAGAAGAGGCGGUGCGAAGAGUGCGAAGACAGUUGCACGAUUCCUCCCAAACCGAGUUUGCAUUUAUUGGAGAUGCAACGGAUAUAAGGUAUCUGGAGAUGACUAAUUGUGAUUUGGUUAUGGUGGGAGAGGAAUUCUCGAGAAAGCCCUAUGCUAUAGCAGUGCAGCAAGGGUCACCUUUGAAGGAUCAAUUUAAUAAUGCGUGA